CCAUGGAAAUUCUUCAUAGUUCCAUUAUGUCCAUAACAGCCACCAUUGUCUCAUUUCUCUUUUGUGGAUUCAUAGUUCAUCUUCUGACCAGAAAACUACAUGACAAAGGGAGAUACCAUCCAAUCGGUGGCACCAUUUUCAAUCAGCUCAUCAACUUCCACAGAGUGCACCAUUACAUGACUGAUCUUGCUGGCAAGUACAAGACUUACAGAUUGAGUAGCCCUUUCAAGAAUAGGAUUUUUACUUCUGACCCUGCUAACGUCGAAUACAUUCUUAAAACAAACUUUGAAAACUAUGGCAAGGGAGGGUAUAAUUACUACAUCCUAAAGGACUUGUUAGGGGAUGGAAUUUUCACAGUUGAUGGUGAUAAGUGGCGGGAGCAGAGGAAGUUGUCAAGCCAUGACUUCUCCACAAGGGUCUUGAGGGAUUUUAGCAGUGUGGUAUUCAGAAAAAAUGCAGCAAAGUUUGCCCAUAUAUUGACUGAAGCAGUCGAAUCCAACAUGAUAGUAGACAUUCAAGAUCUAUUCAUGAAAGCAUCUCUAGAUUCUAUAUUCAGAGUUGCCUUUGGAGUUGAGCUAGACAGCAUGUGUGGUUCAAAUGAACAAGGCAAAAAAUUUAGCGAUGCAUUUGAUGAUGCAAGUGCAUUGAUACUUCGGAGAUAUGUUGAUAUUUUAUGGAAGAUUAAAAGAUCUCUCAAUAUCGGAACAGAAGCCAAGUUAAAGAAAAAUAUAACAACUGUCGAUGUGUUUAUUUAUAAGUUGAUCCAGAGAAAAACUGAGGAGAUGAGUAAACCGGAAGCUGAUUUAUCUUUGCAGUGGAAGAAAGAAGACAUUUUGUCAAGGUUUCUGCAAAUAACUGGAACAGAUCCAAAGUUUUUGCGUGAUAUAAUAUUGAGCUUCAUAAUAGCUGGCAAAGAUACAACAGCAACCACCCUUUCUUGGUUCAUAUAUGUGCUAUGCAAGUACCCUCAUGUACAGGAAAAAGUAGCACAAGAGAUUAAAGAAGCAACAGCUGAGAAAGAAGAUGCAACAGACAUAACAGAUUUUGCUGCCAAUGUGAGUGAAGAUGCCCUUGAAAAGAUGCAAUAUCUUCAUGCAGCAUUGACCGAGACUCUUAGGCUCUAUCCUGCAGUUCCAGUGGAUGGAAAAAUAUGCUUUUCCGAUGACACCUUACCCGAUGGAUUCAGUGUGAACAAAGGGGACAUGGUGUCUUACCAACCAUAUGCAAUGGGAAGAAUGAAAUUUAUAUGGGGCGAUGAUGCAGAAGAAUAUAAACCAGAGAGAUGGCUUGAUGGGGAUGGUUUCUUCAGGCCAGAGAGCCCCUUCAAAUUUACAGCUUUCCAGGCAGGCCCGCGAAUCUGCUUGGGGAAGGAAUUUGCUUUCAGGCAGAUGAAGAUAUUCUCUUCUGUGUUGUUAAGUUACUUUGUUUUCAAGCUGAGUGAUGACAAGAAGACUGUCAACUACAGGACAAUGAUUAAUCUUCACAUCAAUGGGGGACUGCAUGUUCGUGUCUUUCACAGAUAGGGCCAAUGAAUGAGAGCCAUACAUAUGUUAGGA